AUGCCUUUCACUAUCAUAGUAGUGACGUCCGCCAUCCAUCCACCAGGUCGUCAAGCCGUGUUCCCAGAACCGUCAGGUCUUCUUCUCCAGGGGUCGUUUCGUCUUCUUAACGAUGAGAAGACGACGACGACUGGCCGUUCGUAUCGUUUGGAGGACCGGAUCGGCCUGUGUGGAAGCACAGCUGCAGUUGUUGUUAUAGACGAAGGGAAGCAUGUCCUCCCAGCAUGGCAGACGACAGUCACUCCGGUCAACUACAGUGCCCUGUUUCACGAUCGAUCUCUGAGCCAGGCCAGGCAGAGAUCAGUGUUCGUAGCUGAUCUCCAGCAUGGUGUAUCUUCUUCCGCGGACAGACAAAGAAUACGCCUAUCGCGGCUGUGGAGACACGCCAUGGCUAUGAAGAAAGAAAGUGCCGUACGAAAGCAUUAUUUCUUCUUAGGCUGA